AUGGCCGCCUCUGUUCAUCUUUGUCACCCUUGUGGUAUGCUUGAUGGGUACUUGAAGUCUUCAGGGCUAAACCCACCUUGGGAAUAUCACUUACAACCAAGUAAGAAAGCCACUGAAGGGAGUUCUGGAUUUUUGUUCAUUUUUGGUGUACCGCUUAGAUGUUUUGCAUUAGGUUCAGUCAGCUUUCAAUAUAGAGGGAGGCCAAGAAAGCGCAACUGGGGCAUUGAAAAAACUUGGAGAGGUAGCGUCUGGGUUUUGGAUCAGCCCAUGGAUGAGGAGGCUAAAAGGCUUAGAAAUAUGUACACGGAAAAGGAUCAGUUAAGUAGCCUUUCUCUUGUUGCUGAUUUCCUUGCAGAAAUAUUCGACAUUAAUGCUUCUGCAGCUUGCAUUUCAAAGCCUUGGUAUGGUGUAUGGAGAUUUAGGCACAUCUCCUUUAUGGCUGACAUUGUUACAGAACAAUGGAUUCAAAUUCAGCGGCUUAAGCAGGCUCUUCAUAUUACACAAGUAUGUUUUUUCUGCUUGAAACUGGCUUCAGUUCUGUCAGCAGUUGGUGGGAUCAACGUGGGCCACUCUAAGAUUAGUAAUGAGGUGGUUGUGCUUGUUGCUGUUGUUAUACUGAGGGGAGGAAAAGGUGGGUGGACAUCUCUCGGAGGUAUUAUGCUUAGUAUAACAGGAACAGAAGCACUUUUUGCUGACCUAUCCCAUUUCCCAGUCUCGUUCAUACAGAUUGCUUUCACGUUAGUUGUAUUUCCAUGCCUUCUAUUGGCCUACUGUGGUCAAGCUGCAUACCUCGUGAAAAAUUCAAAUAACGUGAUCGGUGCUUUUUAUCAUUCCAUUCCAGACAACAUAUAUUGGCCUGUGUUUAUUGUUGCAACUGCAGUUGCUGUUGUUGCAAGUCAGGCCACCAUAACUGCAACUUUUUCAUUAAUCAAGCAGGCCCUUGCACUAGGCUGUUUCCCAAGAGUCAAAGUCCUGGGUUUUAAAAAUCAAAACCAAAUUGGCAAUGCCUCUGUUGUAACUGUUCCGCCCGAGCAGGAUACAUUGGUUAGUUUGAAGGAUUACAGGGGCACUUACUUUUCUGCUGUGCUCCUCAAGGUCAAUCAAGGUGGCUGGGUUCCUCUUGUGAUCACAACAGCCUUCUUUAUCAUCAUGUAUGUUUGGCAUUAUGGGACAGUAAAAUGGUUUGAGAUUGAGAUGCAUAGUAAGGUUUCCAUGGCAUGGAUUCUUGGACUUGGUCCCAGUUUAGGACUGGUUCGGGUACCUGGGAUAGGCCUUGUGUACACUGAGCUAGCAAGCGGAGUGCCCCGCAUCUUCUCUCAUUUUAUCACCAACCUACCCGCCAUCCAUUCUGUUGUUGUCUUUGUCUGCGUGAAGUACCUUCCUGUCUGGACAGUCCCAGAGGAAGAGCGUUUACUUGACCAACAAACUAAGCAAUCAGGAGAUGGCCUGUUUUGUAAUAGCAGGAAUUUGCUUCAUUCCAAUGUGAACCGGUCAAUUGCGUCAGGGGACUCGAUCGUGCCUGACGAUUCUCCAUUGCAUGCAAACAACAUUACCUCCUCCAUUCCGGCAAGCAACCAGGUUGGAACCGAUGAUGAGGUAGAAUUCUUGAACAACUGUAGAGAUGCAGGGGUGGUGCACAUACUGGGAAACACUGUAAUUGAAGCUAGGAGGGAAUCAAAGUUUUGGAAGAAGAUAGCUAUUGAUUACCUAUAUGCAUUUCCUUUGUAUGUUUUCUACAAUACAUUUCCUGAUGGAAUUGGUGACCCAGAGGAUUUAGUUGGAGCUUUAUCUGUUAUUAUAUAUUCCCUCACUCUUAUUCCACUCCUCAAGUACGUUUUUAUUGUCUGUAGAGAAAAUGACAAUGGUCAAGGUGGAACAUUUGCUCUUUAUUCACUACUCUGUCGACAUGCAAAAAUAAAGGCUAUUCCUAACCAAGACCAAACAGAUGAGGCACUAACAACAUAUAGCCGUUCUACAUUUGGAACAGAAGCACUUUUUGCUGACCUAUCCCAUUUCCCAGUCCCGUCAAUACAGAUUGCUUUCACGUCAGUUGUAUUUCCAUGCCUUCUAUUAGCCUACUGUGGUCAAGCUGCAUACCUCAUGAAAAAUUCAAAUAACGUGAUCGGUGCUUUUUAUCAUUCCAUUCCAGACAGCAUAUAUUGGCCUGUGUUUAUUGUUGCUACUGCAGCUGCUAUUGUUGCGAGUCAGGCCACCAUAACUGCAACUUUUUCAUUAAUCAAGCAGGCCCUUGCAUUAGGCUGUUUCCCAAGAGUCCAAGUCGUGCAUACAUCAAGGAAGUACCGUCACCAGAUAUAUAUUCCAGAAAUUAAUUGGAUUGUUAUGAUUCUCUGCAUUGCCGUGACAGCUGGGGACGGCAGUUUGUAUAGUAAUGUUGGUAACCACAUUGCUUAUGAUUUUAGUCAUGAUAUUAGUGUGGCGCUGCCACUGGAUUCUUGUCCUGAUUUUCACUGGCUUAUCAUUGGUUGUGGAGGGCCACUUACUUUUCUGCGUGCUUCUCUCAAGGUCAAUCAAGGUGGCUGGGUUCCUCUUGUGAUCGCAGCAGCCUUUUUUGUCAUCAUGUAUAUUUGGCAUUACGGAACAGUAAAACGCUUUGAGAUUGAGAUGCAUAGUAAGGUUUCAAUGGCAUGGAUUCUCGGACUGGUCCCAGUUUAG